AUGGCGUCUUAUUUCCAAUUAUCCUCGAUGCCCAAACGAUUACUCCAAUAUGCGCUCUCUAGUUUGGAAGUCUUCGAGACGGAUGCAUUGGAUUUAGAGAAUUUGGAUAUUGCGUGGGGGAAAAAUAGCACGUUUGAAUUUAAGGAUGUCGGGUUGAGAUUAAAGAAACUCGAGACUUUACUACAACUUCCUUCCACGAUCGCAUUAAGUAAAGCGAAAGUUUUACUGCUGCGGCUCACGAUACCGGUCGAUAUAUAUAGCAGCCCGAUAUUGGUCGAAGUUGAUGGGGUGGAUGUGCAGUUGAGGGUUAGGGAGGAGAAGGGUGCAUAUAGUUCACGGACAAACCAUGACAGGUUAAGGAAGAAGUCGCUAUCGAGAAACCAGGACCCAGAUCCCACACUUCCAACUGCAGAGGACCUUGCGGCAUCAUUUCUACAAACCGAAUCGAGAGAAGAAAAAGAAGAGUUGGAAGCCGCAAUUCUUGGGGAGACGCAGGAUGUAUCAGAGUCUGUUACAUCUAAUGAGGGAGGAGACUCACCUGUUGGGACUGGGACGGCUCUCUCGUUACCGGCGUUCAUGGCUAGAUUUUUGCAGGGCAUUGUGGACAGGCUACAAGUACGGGUGCGUGGGAUUACUUUCAAUGUGGAUCUCGAUAUUCCUGCAGAAGGACCGACACCAAACCGUACCACGGAUCCAGUAACAGUUCAAUUGAAGAUUGACGAUGUCGAUAUCGAGGGAGUUACACAUGAUAUUGAGUCCGCCCAGACGAGAGGGGGGAAGGACAUAACAUCGUUAUUCAAGGAGGGAAAGAGACUGAUCUGUCUCAGCAAUAUUCAAGGAGCACUUAUCACAGAGGCAAAUUUAUUUCAGACUCUCUCUCGAUCAUCCUCCGUUGUAUCGCCAAUACCUCCGCACUCUGACGUAACCGAAUCUCGGCGGGCUACAGAUAAGCGAUCAUCAGAAGAAACACAAACCAUUUCUGUGGAAAGCAUGGGUGCAUCUGAUCGAGUUGUUUCCCCUAGCCCCCCCUCAUCUCCUGCUUCGUCACUACGAGUCUCCGAAUCUUCACUGCCGGAAAUAAGACGUCCUUCACCUCCUUCAAGGCCCGUGAAACCCUCGCCAGUGGUUAAAGGUUCGACUGUUGCUAAUGAUAGUGGACGAUCUGAUGAUGCAUCAGAAGAUGGACAUUCCAGUCCUUCCGGCAGCGAGCAUGGGUAUAUCGACAACAGCGAGAUGGGAGAUAGCUUGCUUCAAAGCUCAGCAAUUCUUGACCAAGUCACCGACUCCCUACUUUUGGAUCAUCCUGAGGGAGAUGAUAUGAGAUCUUCAAUAUCACAAUCUGAACAUAGCACACCUGGCGGAAAUUCACGCACUUCAACGCCAAGGGCCUCUGCUCACAUUUCCUCGCCCUCUGGUCAGGCUCCAGAAUUCAAUGCAUUCCACAGCGUUAACAGAGCUCACAACAUGUUACAAUCUACCAUGCUGCCCCCCAGAGCUCAUACUAGAUUCUCUGUGGAGCGAAUAUCUCAUUCACAGCCGACACUUCCGCCCACUACCGCGCCGCUUGAUCGGACUUAUUUAGUUCAGCAGUCUAGGGUUCCAUCGGAAGAUUCUAUGAGUGAAAGUAGUAGCUCCACUUUCAAUGAGGAGAUUGGAGAUGAUCUUGCGCAGUCUCAAUUAUUCAGUCAUGAAGAGGCUGAGAGCAUGUACAUGAGUGCGGUCUCAUUUACUUCUGCUGCUCCAAUCCCCGGUGGGUGGGCAGAUUCAGGCACUGAUAGCGAAGAUGCGAGAUCUCCACCACUUACCCCAAGGGACUAUGAUACACGAGUGGAAAAGCUCGACAAUCUUGAGCAUGCUCGCCACUCUAUGCAUUCGGAUGGCGCGUCAGACCUUAAUUUUCUUGAGAAAUCCACGAUCUUGCCCUCAAGCUCACUACAUGCAUCAAAUAGAAGCAUAGGUUCUAUUCGCCCGGAAACUCCACGCCAGCCUGAGAUCUUACACAAAGUUUCGAGCGAUCUCUCAGUGAAGUCUGUUGUUGCUUCUAGUGACUAUAAGCGAAUGACGAAGCAGAUCUUCAGUCUUGAUCAAGUCGCUAUCUAUAUUCCGGCGAUGAAUAACCCUUCUUCUGAUCCUGUAGAUGCAGCUGCUGAAUCAGCACUAUUUGGCAGCACUUUUGACGGCCACAAUGACUCGCAGUCAAACACAAUGGAUCUUCCUGGGGCAUUUUCUAUCCAUCUACCCAGAGACCAACAUUCACGGUCGUCGCCGAAACCAACACCGAGAAUUCCAAUACAGCCACCACAGAAGCCUGAAGAGAACAAAUCAAUUGAGGUUGACGUGGGAAAUCUACUGGCUCAAUUUGAUGUAUCUGUGGGCAGACUUAUAUAUAAGCUCGUUUGCCAGAUUCAAGGGUCUAUGAAACAGAAGACACAAGCAACCACUGUAUCAAGUAAGCCUACAUCUAGCUCUCCUGAACCUCAACUCAGGGUCAGUGCGCAAAUUGUAUCACUUAAGUUCUUGGAAAAUCUUAAGGGUACUUUGGGUUCACAGAUUUCAGAACCACCGACGAAGUCAUCGGAUUCGGAUGUUCUUCUCAAGACCACAAUCAAGGGGUUCAAUGUCUCUAGAGAUCCUUCGGGCACUACUACCAAGACUAGCAUAACACUACAGAAGUUCAUUUUUGGCUACGCUCAAGAAAACAUAAUUUCUUUUGAUGCAGGUCUUCAAGUGAGAGCUUCUACUCGUGAUCUUGCCGCUUCUGCUGGCAUUGACGUGUCUGCCAAUAUAUACCAAAGUCAUGACAGUACUCGAUUUGAGGUCCAUACGCUGCCCUUGCAUGUGGCGGUUGACCUGCAGCAUCUUGAUGAGACUUUUAGCUGGUUUGGUGGAUUGAGCAGUGUACUCAACCUUGGUAGCUCGAUGGCGUCGAACUCGACAGUCAUUUCCAGCCCAGUAAUAAAGCCGAAGACGAAAGGCGUAAAAUUCAAUACGCCUAUCGAACUUGAUGAUCAAACAGUGGCGGUGCAGAACAAGGCAGAUGUUAGGAUCGGUGGGUUGAUUCUUGACUUGGUGGGCACUGAAUGCAGCGUGGGAGUUGAAACUUCUGCUGUGAAGUUGAUCAGUCGCGAGGAAGGAAUCGGCAUUGGUAUUGACAAGAUCAGAUUGUCUGGGCCACAUCUCAAGCAUUCCGUUGACGAUCCCGCCAUUGCUAUUGACGUUUCCACGACGCGCAUUGAGUUCUUAAACGCACCCAAGGACAACGAUAUAGAUCGAUUGUUGGCAUUAAUCGCACCAUCGAAUUCAAAGUAUGAUCAAGACGAUGAUAUUCUUCUUGAUACUCUACUUCGUCAAAGACAACAAGGAUCUGUACUCCGACUUACUGUGGAUGAUCUACAGGCCAAAAUUGGUAAGUUGCAAGAGUUGAGCUAUCUUCCAGAAUUGGGUGAGGAGGUCGCAAGGCUAUCCACAGUCACAAAGUACUUACCCGACGAUGAUCGACCGGGUCUUUUGUCCUUGGUCAAAGUCAAGAAGCUUGGUGCCGACGUCGAUGUCAACAGCUCUGUGGGUAGUCUUCAACUCAAGGCUACUGAUUUGGAUAUGGCGCAAAUCCCUAUACCAUCGCUAGUAGCGUUAAGUGUCGGCACGGUUUCUGCUUACCGAAACCAUUCUGAGGAGUUGAUUGGUGCGGGCACAGAUCAAGUAUUCAAUAGGCCAGAAUUACGAAUUCCAAGCAUUAUGGCUCGAUUGAUUGGUGAUGAGAUGGAGCCUAUCGUGAAAAUCAAACUUUGGAAUCUAAAAGUCGAAUAUCGCGUUCCUACACUCAUGAUGCUGCUCGGGCUGGCGGAUACUGCAACUGGAGAUGAGAUGUCAGCUAGUAUCACGACGUCAGUCGCUACACUGCGGGACUUAGCACAGCCACCAACUCCAAAGGGUAAGGAGAAGAGUGUUGAAAAAAGCCCCGCGUCCAGUAGUAGUCCGGCCAAACCAAUGGCCAUUGAUGUCGUUCUAAAAGACUGCAUCGUGGGUCUCAAUCCCUUGGGCUUGCCUUCGAAAAUUCUUGCCGUAUUGACCGAAGCACAUGUGGUUGCGGUUUUACCAAAGGAUCAGAACGCAAGUGUCACAGCUGAGUUAAGCAAGGCUUCUCUUCUUGUCAUUGACAAUGUUGCUCAUCUUGCAAGUACUGCGCAAUCAGAUCAUAAAAGGAAUUCCUUUAAUGGUAGCAGUAAUCAAGUGGCAGAUCUCACUUCAAUGGGCUAUGUGUCAGUCAGCUACAUUUCAUCUGCAAAGGCCACUGUUCUUCUUUCCGUUGACGAUGAUGGUCGGAAUUGCCUUGAUGUUGAGUUGCGAGAUGAUCUCUUCGUGCUUGAAUCAUGCGCCGACUCCACUCAAACAUUGAUCAGCGUGCUUGGUAAAUUAGCUCCACCGGUAAAAGCACCGAGAAAGGAGGAGAACACUUAUCAAACAAAGGUUGUUCCGCUUAACAAUCUUCUGGCCUCUGUAUCAAUAGAUGCCUUUGGAACUCCUGAAGGUCAAUACGAAUUUAGCAAUGAUUUCACAGAGCUUGGGGACUUAACUGACGAAGGAGGAAGCGAACUCGGCUUCGAUUCCGAUUACUGUAAAGGUGGAUCCGACGACGGAUACAAAGAAGCUGUCCUUGACGAUUCAGAGGAUUCAUUAGCGUCCCUGAACCUCACCGCACGCGAUACUCGGGAUGGUGUUUUACUGGACAGCUUUGUGGAAGAGCCAGAAAUUGAUAACGUAGCUCUAUCGUUCCACGAGGACCAUUUUGGGACAGGCACAUCACUGGAGCAGUCCGCUCAUAGGUGGAACUCGGCCAAGAAUACCUAUGAUACCUCCAGCUACAGCAAAGUCAAGAAGAGCCCAUUGAGGUUACGCGUACGAGAUGUACACAUCAUCUGGAAUCUAUUUGAUGGCUACGAUUGGCAAGAAACUCGGGAUACAAUUUCCAAAGCUGUACAAGACAUCGAAUCCAAAGCCAUUGAAAAGCGUGCUCGGAAUGAAAGACGCUCAACUUGGGAGCAGGAUAUCGAUGAUGACGAAGAUACUGAGCGUGGAACCUUUUUGCUCAACUCAAUGUGGAUCGACAUUCCCAACAGUCGUGAUCCCCGUGAGCUCGCUGCAGCUAUCAAUCAACAGCUGAACGACAAUGCUACCGAAACGGAAUCAGUAGCAACCACGAGUUAUACUGCCACCACAAGCAGACAAGGAGGCGGACGCGCAGCCAAGAAGCUUCGACUCAAUCGAACUAAACACCAUAAGAUUGCAUUCGAGUUGAAAGGAGUCUGUGUCGACCUUGUGACUUUCCCGCCCUUCAGUGGUGAAACCCAGAGUUCCAUUGAUGUUCGUGUACAUGAUCUCGAGGUGUUUGAUAACAUUCGCACCUCGACCUGGAGAAAAUUCGCUACUUACAUGCAAGAUGCAGGUGAAAGAGAAAAGGGUUCAAAUAUGGUUCACAUCGAGAUCAUGAAUGUGAAACCUGUUCCUACACUUGCUGCAACUGAGAUGGUUAUCAAAGUGACUAUUCUUCCACUUCGGCUUCACGUUGAUCAAGACGCUCUUGACUUCAUCACUAGAUUCUUCGAAUUCAAGGUAGAAUCGGAUUUCGAACCUGAAGCUCCGGGCGAGAAACCAUUCCUACAAAGAGUGGAAGUUAAUUCCAUUGAUGUCAAAUUGGAUUUCAAGCCAAAACGUGUCGACUAUUCUGGUCUUCGUUCCGGUCGCACUACGGAAUUCAUGAACUUCAUGAUACUUGACGGAGCUGAUCUGACACUCAGACAUUGUAUCAUUCACGGUUGUUCAGGGUUCGACAAGAUGGGCCAAGUCCUCAAUGAUAUUUGGACGCCAGAUGUCAAAGAACAUCAACUUCCCGGUAUCUUGGCCGGGUUGGCUCCAGUCCGCUCUAUCGUUAACGUCGGAAGUGGUUUCAAAGAUCUCGUGGCGGUACCCAUGAACGAAUAUAAGAAGGAUGGAAGAAUCGUUCGGAACAUCUCCAGAGGCGCCGCCAUAUUUGCUAAAACCACGGGUACCGAACUCGUCAAACUCGGUGCUAAAGUUGCCAUUGGUGUACAAACCGUCCUACAAGGGGCUGAAGGUCUUCUUGGGCCCCAAGAUGCCUCUCUAUCCCAUGGCAAUUCCAGCGAUGACGAAGAUGAACGCAAGCAAAUCUCACUCUAUGCCAAUCAACCUGUUGGUGUAAUGCAGGGCCUCAGGGGCGGGUACGCUAGCUUACAGCGAGAUCUGAUUAUGGCUCGAGAUGCAAUUAUCGCAGUUCCGGGAGAGGUCAUGGAAGAUGGCAAUGCGAAGGGGGUAUUGAAGGCCGUGAGGAAACAUGCUCCUACUGUGAUAUUGAGACCAGUGAUUGGAGUGGCAAAGGGGGCUGGACAAGUGUUGAUGGGGGCUACGAAUACUUUAGAUAAGAAGAAUCUGGAGAGGGUUGAUGCUAAAUAUAAAAAGCAUUGA